GAGAACUUCUGGAGUCUCAUCAGCCUCCUCGCUCCAUCAAGGUUCACAGGCACAACACCAAAGGACUCCACACACCAGCACUGCGUCCACCAUCACCAAUCCUCAACUACCAUCCAUUGUCACCACCAAACAGCAGAGUAUGGUGACUCAAAGUGACGGCAACCCUCUACAGAAGGGGCACGAUGUCGAAGCCAACCUCCAAUCCAUCGAGGCCGACGAGAGCAAGCCUGCUGCACCACCUUCCGGUCUCUGGGGGUAUUUGUGUUAUUAUGGCCACAAGGUCGUUGUAGCUGGACGGAUUGAGCUCCAGGGAAUCUCCCCCAUUCCCGUCAAGGAGAGGACAGUUACCAAGACGCUGAACAUCUUUACCUUGUGGUGGUCAAUGAGCUGCAAUAUUCUUCCCAUUACAUUUGGCAUGCUAGGUCCAGUAUACGGCCUCAGCCUACGGGACAGCUGCCUGGUUAUUCUCUUCUUUACUCUGUUGUCGACUCUCUUACCGGCUUACCUCUGCACUUUGGGGCCAAAGUUGGGCAUGAGACAGAUGAUUCAAGCUCGCUAUUCCUGGGGCCGCUACAUAAUCUCCCUUCCCGUCCUCCUCAACCUCGCCACCAUGACCGGCUUCUCCGUCAUCAUCGUCAUCACCGGCGGCCAAUGUCUCUCCGCCGUCGCCAAUGGCCACCUCUCCAUCAGCGUCGGCAUCGUCAUCAUGUCCAUCCUCACCCUCAUCAUCUCCUUCUGCGGCUUCACGACCCUACACAUGUACGAGCGGUUUGCCUGGAUCCCCGCCGUCAUCGCCAUCAUCGUCGCCGUCGGCUGCGGCGGCAAGUACCUCCACCUGCAAAACCCUCCCGCCGACCCCCCUACCCCACAGGGCAUUCUGAGUUUCGCCAUGAUCGUCGCGAGCUACAUGAUCCCCUGGGCCUGUCUGGCUUCGGAUUUCACGACGUACCUCGUGCCCUCGACGCCAUCAUGGAAGAUCUUCACCUACAGCUACACCGGCCUCGCGCUGCCCACCAUUCUGCUCAUGUGUCUCGGAGCCGCCAUCCAGGGCGCCAUCCCCUCCGUCCCUGCCUGGAGCGAGGCCUACAACGAGACGCUGGUGGGCGGUGUCCUGCAAGCCAUGCUGGCGCCCGCCCACGGGUUCGGUCGGUUCCUGGUGGUCAUUCUGUCUUUUACCUUGCUGGGUAACCUGGCGGCGACUUCGUACUCCAUCACGCUCAACUUCCAGAUGUUGGCGCCGGUGCUCUUCAAGGUCCCCCGGUACCUGUUUGCCGUCAUCCUGGCGGCCAUCUUGAUCCCCGUGAGCAUCAAAGCGGCUGCCGACUUUUUUGAUAGUCUGGAGAACUUUGUCAGUCUGAUUGGGUACUGGUCCUCUGCGUUUUUGGGAGUGGUCAUGGUCGAUCAUCUGUGGGAAAAGAAGGGAGAUUGUGGUAGGUAUGAUUUGGAUGCUUGGAACGAUGCGAGCAAGUUGCCGUGGGGCGUGGCGGCGCUGACGGCCUCGGUGGCGAGCUUUGCACUGGUGAUUCCGAGUAUGGACCAGGUGUGGUGGCAGGGGCCGAUUGCAAAGACGACGGGCGAUUUGGGGUUCGAGUUUGCGUUUGUUGUGAGUGGGCUGUUGUACCCGCCGUUGAGGAUGGUGGAGAAGAAGAUUAGUGGGCGAUGAUGUGGUGAAGAUGAGGUUGUAUGGGGGGAGGAGUGGGGAGUAAUGUGUGUGACGAGGUUGGAUGAGAACCGCUUAAGAACUUAAAAGGAGUGAUGAUAUAUAGGGAGGAUGUU